GGCGGGGCUCCCGCACUUUCUGGGCCGGAAGCGCCGGCGCCGCAGCCCCGGGCCCGCAGCCCCUGCCGGUCCCCGCCGAGGGCGCGCCGCGCAGACAUGGCCAAGUGGGGCCAGGGCGACCCGCGCUGGAUCGUGGAGGAGCGGGAGGACGGCACCAACGUGAACAACUGGCACUGGACAGAGCGGGACGCCACCAGCUGGUCCAAGGGGAAGCUCCGAGAGUCCCUGGUGGGGAUCGUGGUGGAGAAUGAGGCUGGGCGCUGCCAGAUCAGUGACCUGAAGCAGGUGGAAGGCGAGGCUUCCUGCAGCAGCCGCAAAGGGAAGCUGAUUUUCUUCUACGAGUGGAACAUCAAACUGGGCUGGAAAGGUAUAAUUAAAGAAUCUGGUGCAAAGCACAAGGGAUUGAUUGAAAUACCCAACCUUUCUGAAGAAAAUGAAGUAGACGACACUGAGGUGAAUGUGAGUAAAAAGAAAGGAGAUGGGGAUGUACUGAAGGAUCUUAUGAAAACUGCAGGCACCGCCAAGGUCAGGGAGGCCCUUGGAGAUUACCUGAAGGCACUUAAGACGGAAUUUACAGUGGGAAUGAUUUUACCAACGAGAGCAACCGCAACUCAGGAAUUGACUGUUAAAAGGAAACUGAGUGAGAACACCUUGCAGAUUCAGGUGCCACUGGGUGUCAGGAUCCCCACUGUGGCGCUGCACAUGACGGAGCUGUUCGACACAGGUGUAGAGCGGCUGUAUAGCAUCUUCACUGUGAAAGAGUUGGUGCAGAAAUUUUCUAAAUCUCCUGCUGUAUUAGAAGCUGAAAAGGGAGGGAAAUUCCAGAUGUUUGAUGGGAAUGUCACCGGUGAAUAUAUAGACCUGUUAGCAAAUGAAAAGAUUGUCAUGAAAUGGAGAUGUAGGAACUGGCCAGAAGAACACUAUGCCACAGUUGUGCUGAAUUUUGUGCCUACUCCAGGGCAAACGGAAUUACAGUUGGACUGUAAAGGAGUUCCUGUCUGUAAAGAAGAGAACAUGAAAUUCUGUUGGCAGAAGCAGCAUUUUGAAGAAAUAAAAGGUUUACUGCAGCUGACCACUCUAAGUGGUUGAAUUAGAAGAUUUUACAAGAGCAUUACUUUUUGUAAGCAGAAAGUUACUUGUUCCCUAUCAUUUCUUUUAAAAAAGGAAAACAGAAAUCUUAAUUUAUAUUGGAUGAGAUCCAUGAACUUUUACAGAAUUUAAAGCAUUGUUUGAAUCUUGACUACAAGUAAGAAGUAGCAAGCAACCUGAAAUUAAGUACUUAACCUUACCUCCCAUAGAUGCUCCUCUGGGAAUACCUUGAAUUCCUGAGUACAGAUGUAGCUUCCUAGCCUAAAGUUUGUCCUUGUAGCAAGCUUACUUUCUGCUGUAGUUUUAGUUCAGGAAGACAAGAAGUGGCAUGUUGCACUCAGAAGCAUGUUGAAGUGAGAGGAGUUGGUUGUAUUGUCACACUUCUCCCUGCAGCAGUGAGCAUUACAGGGUGGAAAGACUGAAAAGUCUAUGGGAAUGAGUUACUUUUGGACUGCCACUAACACGACGAAAUAGAAUACAACCGGUAAGUGCUUCCCCCAUUCACAGUUUUCUCAUUACUUUCACCUGAGAAGACUGAAGCAACGUAUGUAAACAAAUUAAAAGUAAUCACAAUCAGUUUAAUUAAGUGCACAGAAUAGCAAUCAGUCAUGUCAAUAAAAAUAAAACAAUUAUUUUUA